AUGACAGUCUCAACAUUGAAUAUGACACCGUACUUUGCUGGAUAUCCCUUUCAAGGACAAGGACGCGUCAACCAACUUGGCGGGGUCUUCAUCAAUGGUCGCCCGCUACCCAAUCACAUACGUCGUCAAAUUGUCGAAAUGGCCGCUGCCGGCGUACGGCCGUGCGUCAUCUCACGCCAAUUGCGCGUCUCACAUGGCUGCGUCUCGAAAAUACUGAACCGCUACCAGGAAACCGGCUCCAUACGUCCAGGCGUUAUUGGCGGUAGCAAGCCGCGCGUCGCCACACCGGAUAUUGAGUCGAAAAUUGAGGAGAUGCGUAAUGCCAAUCCCGACAUUUUCAGCUGGGAAAUACGCGCUAAGCUCAUUGAGUGCGGUCUAUGCGAUAAGAAUACCGCGCCUUCCGUAAGCUCAAUCAGUCGCUUGCUACGUGGCGGCCAUAGUGGCGCACACUCUGAGUCCGGUAGCUCAGCGCAUUCCAUAGAUGGCAUACUCGGCGCUGGCGGUUUAUCGAAUGGCUCUGGCGAUGAGAGUGACGAUGAUGCCGAGCCGGGCGUACAGUUGAAGCGCAAGCAGCGUCGUUCGCGCACAACCUUCUCGAACGAUCAGAUCGACGCAUUGGAGCGCAUAUUUGCGCGCACGCAAUAUCCAGAUGUUUAUACGCGUGAAGAGUUGGCUCAGAGCACCGGCUUGACAGAGGCGCGCGUACAGGUGUGGUUCUCGAAUAGACGUGCGCGUUUGCGCAAACAAUUGAACACCACACAGCAAGUAUCAAGCUUUGCCGCUAGCACCGCGAGUGGACUCAGCUCGGCCGGGUUUGCUAGCGCCGCCGCCGUUGCUUCACCAUAUCAUCCACAUCAUCAUGCGCAUCACCAUCACCAUGCCGCCGCCGCUGCUGCUGCACACACCAUGUCCGCUUCGGCCGCUGCGCUGUCGCACAAUCACACGCAUCAAAUGGGCUUAUACAGUCAAGCUUGGAAUACAUUUGGCAGUAGCGCUGCCACACAAGCCGCAGCCGUUGCUGCCGCCACCAAUGUCUUUGAACCGCAUCAGAAUUUUGCUCACUCAAGCGGUUCGGUGGCGUCCAUGUCGCCAACAAGUAGCGCCGCCAGUUCGGCUUCACUGAGUCCAGCGCAUCAGGCAGGCGCUACCGUCAGCAGCAACAACAACAACGAUGUCGGCAACAACAAUUACAGCCACAGCUCGAGUUAUGGCAUGCCAUCGUCCACCGCAACCAGCUCAGCUACAUCGGCGGCUGUCAAUAGCAGCUCGGCAGCAGCCACCGCCGCAACCAACUCGGCGGCUUAUGCCACAUCCUCCACAGCUUAUGGCUUGGGCGCCAGCAGCAAUUUCACCGCUGCCACUUCAGCUGAGCAGCUGCGCUCGCAAUUCGCUUCGGCUGCUGCUUCGGGCUCCCAUCAUCCGGCUAUGUCGUCAUGGGACUCGUACAACUUCCCCGGCUCGUUCUUCUCGUCGGGCGCAAAUCACAUGGGUGGCUAUACGCAGGGUAUGAGCGAGCACAAAACGGCAGCCAGCGCAGCAGCCUAUCCGUAUUUCGGUUUCUAA